AUGAAUAGCAAGAAAAGGAACAGGAGUGCAAAAAGCGAAUGCAUGACUUUGCCACUUGAAAAAACGGACCUUCUUAUUGAAAAUAUACAUAACCUUAGGAACGCAAUAGGUCUAUAUAGAAAGGAACUCCAAGAGAAAAACAAAUACAUUAGUGAGGUUAAGGAGGACUUAAAUUUUUUUGAAUGCUUGCUGAGGAAUGUCAAUGUAGUGUGGAGUAUUUUCAAUGAUGAUUUGUUGAGAUUGGCAGGGGAAGGUGUGCAGGAGGGGGGGGAAGAAGAAGAAGAGGAGGAGGAGAAGAAGAAGGAGGAGGAGAAGAAGAAGAAGAAGAAGAAGAAGGAGGAGAAGAAGGAGGAGGAGGCUAGUGGUGAUGCUCGGUGCGAUGUUCCAUGCGAUGUACCAUGCGAUGCUCGGUGCGAGGGGGGGGGAGGGCACCCGCAACCACCCACGUGGCAUUGCAAGAAAGCAGCCUCCCCCUACUACGAUGUCGAACAGUGUAAAAAAAUUUUUUUAAAAUACAUGAGUAAACGUAACAAGGAGAGCGACGAUGAGGAGGAGGAGGACUCCGACUUUUUUAAGUCCCCAUCGGAGGAUGAUGCUUGUGGGGAAGGGAGGAGUGAAAUGGAUGAGGAGGAGGGGGAACUGCCUAAUGGAAGUGCACUAAAGGGGGAGGAACCCUACCCAGGUCAUUUGAAAAGAAGCCAAAAGAAAAAGGAAGCGAUGUGUGGAAGCGACAAGAAGGAUCGAAGCAAAAAAGAAAGGAAUGAGUUGUCAUCGUCGAAGGGGACAAAGGAAAAUAUUAUGGAAAGCAAUACAUGGAGUGGUAAAAUGGAACAGUUUGGAGACAGAGUUCUUAGCAGAAUGAAGGAUCGCGUGAAGGGGGAAGACCUUUGCAAUGUGGAGGACGGAGGGAAGAGGAUGAAUGUAGGUUCGAAGGAGGAAAUAAACUUCGAUGGCUCGUUGAAAGGGGAGGUGGAGCGGCUGGCUGGUAUGCGAGCAGCUCGCCAAAGGGACCGAUCCCCUCCCACCGGUGCCAAGGUAAAGAGGGAACGAGGCGAGUCAACUGAGGAAGCAGCGGGAGAAGCGGCCGAAGCAGUCGGCGCAGAUGCACAGAGCAGAAGCCUAUUGGAUCAUAAACUACAAAGGAUAUUUUUGAGCAACAUGAAGAAAACCAUCGAUGUGCUAAACAGAGUGUUAGACUCCCCGAAGAAGGUGGUCCUGAAUUACAACAAAGAAUACGUGAGAAAAUUAAAUUACGAGAAGAAAAUUUACUAUGAAAAGUUCAUGAGUGAGAAAAAAAAAAAGCGGGAAAUGGAGAGUAAGUGUGAUGAACUGAGGAUAGAGUUGGAUCGAUUGGAAAAGAAGAAGACGUCUCUCCUUUUUAAGUUGAACAGUGAGAGUAUAUGUAACAGCAUUUUGGAGGAGGAGGAGCAGAAGGGGCAGCAGAAGGGGCAGCAGAAGGAGCAGCAGAAGGGGCAGCAGAAGGAGCAGCAGAAGGAGGAGAAGAAGGAGGACGCGAUGGGCAGCGUGGAGAGGGGCAGCUUGGCGAGGGACACGCUGCAACGCAAGGAGAGUGGGAGCGCGUGCGCGAAGUGCGGCUUCGUGAGUUACGGCAGUGGGAGGGCUGGAGAAGCUGCGGUGAAAGGUGCAGGGGGGGAGGACAUGGUGAGUGGGGGCGUCAUGGAAAGCGGCGUCGGAAGCGGCACCGGCAUGGAGAGCGGCAUCGGAAGCGGCACCGGCAUGGAGAGCGGCUUGGCAAGUGGUGGCCGCCGCUCCGGCGAGGACCCCGCGACGGCCUGCCUGCUCAGCUUUGAUAAAGUCAUAACGAAGGAAAAAAUACUUCACAGUGAACCCUUCAAGCAACUCAUAAAGGAGUCCACCGAAAUUUACAAAGAACUGAAGGAGAGAGAAGGAGAAAUUGUGCUGCUAAAAAAUGAACUGCUAAAAAGAGAGCAAAUGCGUGAUGAGGAAUACGAGAAUCUACUUAACGACACCAUGAAUGAUAAAAAAUGCUUGUCGAAAAAAAUAAAAGGUUUGGAAGUUGACCUAAUGACCAGCACGAUGGAAAGGGAGAGGAUGCAAAGAAAGGUGAAUCUGCUGGAGCAUGAAAUUAAAACCAUGAAGGGGAUCGAGGCGAACCAAGUAAUGCAGCUGGAGCAGAAGGAGAAGGAGAUUUGCAGAAUGAGAGCUUACAUCGAUAAGUUAAAGGCUUCUGAGAGUGCGUUACGGGAUAGGAUUUUUUCUUUGGAAAGUGGAGCAGCUGUGGGGGGAGCAGCUGUGGGGGGAGCAGCCGUGGGGGGAGCAGCUGUAGGGGAGACAUCCAUGGGGGGGACAUCCUUGGGGGAGACUGCCCUCAAUGGGGCAUGCGACGAGUUGACAGCCAUGUCCCGCACAGAUCUGCAAAGCGAACUGCUCGCGGAGAACAAACAACUAAGGAGAGCUCUGGAAAAAAAACAAAAUGCAGAAAAUGAACUAUCCAUAUUGAAAAAAAACUACGACGCGAUGAGCGAAGAGAUGGAAGAAAUAACUAAAGAAUUUGAGAAAAAGCAGGAACAAGUGGAUGAAAUGAUUAUCCAAAUAAAAAACAAAGAAUUCGAAUCUAUAGAAAAAUAUAAUAAUAUUAUGAAUAAAACAUACGUGGAAGAAAACAUCAAACAGCUAGAACGGACUUAUCAGGAUAAAAUUUCUUCCAUAAAUCGAUUAUACGAAAAGUAUGAAAAAUUUUCACACUUAUAUUUAUCAUUAUUUUAUUAUGCUAGAAGAAGUGCUAUAAUUUCGGACAGUGCACAUGAAGAAAAAAUGAGUUUGUUCAUUAAAAUGAAGGAUAAAUGUGAAUCAAUAUUUCAGAGAAAGAAUGAGUUAGCCGAUAUUUUGCAAACUGUUUAUGGUUCGAAUAGGAAGUUAAUGGAUAAGUGUAACGCGCUGUAUAGGGAGAAUCAACAAUUGGAGCAAGUCGCUGCUACCUCCAGUAAAGGCAGAAAAGAUGCAAAAGUUGCUUCGUCCAAAGGAGAGGCGAAGGCGAGGGCGGAGGAAAAAGCAGACGAAGCGGACGAAGCGGACGGAGCGGACGAAGUGGACGAAGUGGACGAAGCGGACGGAGCAAACGGAGCAGACGAAGAAGAGUUGGAGGAGAGGCAGUUACUAAUCGAAGAAAAUAAUGAACUACGCAGAAGGCUCAUGUGCAGCGUGUGCAUGGAAAACUUCAAAAAUUACAUUAUUGUUAAGUGUGGCCACAUAUAUUGUGAGAGCUGCAUUUUUAGUAAUUUGAAGACUCGGAACAGGAAGUGCCCUCAGUGCAAAAUCCCCUUCGAUAAGAAGGACCUGCAGAAGAUUUUCCUCGAUUGA